GACGGGCAGUUUGGCGUUGUAUUGGGUGGCUGACAUUGGAGGAAGAAGAAGAGAGGUUUGUGGAAGAAGGAGCGAAGAAGCACAGCUAUGGAGUCUGGGAAAUGGCGGACACUGUUAGGUCUGCUACCGCUGCUUCUCUCGUUUCUGUUCUUCUAUUUCGACAUCUCUACGAAGCCCUCCACGAGCCAGUGCAGUCUCAUUUCUCAUAGCCAUUUCUGGAUAGCCAGCAAACGCAUUGUGACGCCAAAAGGGGUUAUAUCUGGUGCAGUUGAGGUGAAGGGAGGGAGCAUUGUAUCUGUGGUCGAUGGAGAUAAUUGGCGAGGAACUGUUAAGAGUGGACGAGUAAUGGAUUAUGGGGAGGCUGUCGUUAUGCCUGGUUUGAUUGACGUACACGCGCAUCUAGAUGAUCCCGGGAGAACAGAAUGGGAAGGAUUUCCCUCCGGGACAAAAGCGGCUGCUGCUGGUGGUGUAACGACGUUGAUUGACAUGCCUCUUAACAGUUUCCCAUCAACAGUUUCCGAAGAAACCUUGAACCUUAAGAUUGAGGCUGCUGAAGGGAGAAUCUAUGUUGAUGUUGGUUUCUGGGGAGGUUUGGUUCCAGAAAAUGCGUUCAAUGCAAGUGCUUUGCAGCGUCUCCUAAAUGCUGGAGCCCUCGGGUUGAAGUCAUUCAUGUGUCCUUCGGGGAUCAAUGACUUUCCUAUGACAAAUUCAUCCCACAUUAAGGAAGGACUGGCUGUCCUGGCAAAGUACAGAAGACCUCUACUUGUACAUGCGGAGAUGGAGCAGGAGCCCGAGAAUGAAUCGGAUCUGGAAGAUGGCGGGGCUGAGAGCGCUAGAUCUUACUCGACGUAUCUUAAGAGAAGACCUGCAUCAUGGGAAGAAGCCGCGAUUAGAGAGCUCGUGAGUGUAACAAAAGACACUCGAUCUGGCGGUUCAGCUGAGGGAGCUCAUCUCCAUAUUGUCCAUUUAUCUGAUGCAAGGUCUUCUUUAGAACUUAUUAAGGAAGCAAAAAGGAGUGGCGAUAGCGUUACAGUUGAAACCUGCCCGCAUUAUCUGGCUUUUGCAGCCGAAGAGAUCCCUGAUGGCGAUACGCGUUUCAAGUGUGCUCCACCUAUACGCGAUGCAGCCAAUAGGGAGGAACUAUGGGCUGCUAUAAUGGAUGGAAAUAUAGACAUGUUGAGCUCUGACCACUCGCCUUCGGCCCCAGAGCUUAAGCUCUUCACCGAGGGCGAUUUCUUGAAAGCCUGGGGUGGCAUAUCCUCUUUGCAGUUUGUUCUCCCUGUAACCUGGUCAUAUGGGCAGAAAUAUGGAGUUACAUUUGAACAGAUGGUUUCAUGGUGGAGUGAGAAGCCUGCUAAGCUUGCUGGUCUAAAUUCAAAGGGAGCAAUUGUUACUGGCAACCAUGCUGAUAUUGUGGUCUGGCAACCAGAAGCAGAGUUCGACUUGGACGAUAAUCAUCCCGUCUACCUUAAGCAUCGUAGCAUUUCUGCAUAUCUGGGAACAAGACUCUCUGGGAAAGUUUUAGCAACAUUCAUAAGAGGAAACCUCGCUUUUAAAGAGGGAAAACAUGCCCAUGAUGCCUGCGGCGUACCCAUUCUAGCAAAAUAAACCCGAUCAGAGCAGACUAAAACGACAAAUCUUCUCGUAAAUCUCAUUCUAAGCUGUGUAUAUGACUCUUUCACAGUACAUGGUGGGCUAGAAAUCUGCACAUAUCUCAUCUGGUUAAAACUGCUUUCUUGAAGAUUUGUGUUCUGUGGGUAUUCCAUUUUCUUCUCCCCAUUCCACAAAACACUUUUGUUUUCUAGUGAUGGCUCAAGUGUGUACAUAAAUCUGAUGAUUGUAAUUACUCAAAAGACUUUUAAGCAGGUGGUUUAUGGCUGUUAACUGCUUCUGCCCCUAGUUUUCUUCAAUUCUUAUCUAUAAUGUGCUGGG